GGUGCCGCAGCACUCCAUAUAAAAAUUCAUAAUUUUAUUCCUUUUUUAACAAAGUAGAAUUGUUUACGUUACGGUUGAAUGUAAGCAGGUACUAUUAUGUGACCUUGUGAAAAAAAACUUUUUUAGCAAUUGUUUUAUGAGAAAACAGAUACAUGAGAACACAUUGGCAGUAUACAACUUGCUCUCUGAGCAUGGUUUUUUUAUAGCUGAUGUGAAUAAGGUAACUAGACUUCCUUGGUUAUCAUUUGGAUGCAAGAGGAAAAUUUAGCAAUGCAAGAAUGGCUGAACGAAAAUUUAGUCGUGGCCUCAGAAAACCAGGCAUGGCAGCUCAGCUUAGAGAGUCAGUUUCUCAGGUUGUCAGAGAGACAGCCGUACAGAGCAAGCCCCAAAGGGCUGAACCUAUAGACUAUGAAGCCGUCCUGGCCAAAAAUCGGAUAAUAUUUAACAAUGAUCCCCACAGAGAGCUUCUUUUAUAUCCACCAGAGGAUGUCUCGCAAAGUAAAAUGGCAAGAGAAUGCCGCACAACUAAGUCGACAGUACCAGAAGAAAUUCUUCUAAAUGAAGGCAGCUAUUUCACACAGAAAUGUGCCCAGUUCUACAUAUGUGAUUGGUCCAUUGUUUCGUACAAGUACUGGGCCUACAGUGGUAGCUGCCUUGAUUUGCCAAGGGUUGAAAAGCUCAGCCUACUUAGUGAUCCCAAGCAUGAAAUAGAUAUCGAAGGAGAUGCAGAUGACGAGAUCUUUUCCCCUGAUUCUAUACCCACUGUAGAGGGAUAUCUGCUUAAGGGACCUGAAGGAGCGUCGGAGAAAAUGUUUGCCAACAUUGCGACGAAAUCAUUUAAACGCCGCUUUUGUAUACUUCGCCAAGAUAUUGCUGGGUCAUAUUUUUUUGACAUUUGCAAGGAAGAUAAAAAACGAGAUGCUGCGCUCUCCAUAUGCCUUGAUGAAUGUGAAGAUAUUGUGGCGAAUAAAAGGAAAAACAAGUUUGGAUUCCAACUACGUCUGAACAAUCAACGAUCUUACGUGUUUGCCGCCAAUUCCGAAGUUGAAUUAAAUAAUUGGCUGGAAAAACUUUCAAUGGCGGUUCAAACCAGCAAGCAAUUUGGGGAGGACAGAAGAAGUUUGCCGGAUCCCGAUCUUGCUUUGCAACCGUCUAAAGACCCACCUUCUUAUGGCACUUUACGAUCAUUGGAGGCCUCCUUGAACCCACAGUUAACAAAGUACGCACGUGAAACUGAAAUGUCUAUCAGCUUAGCAAGAAGAGAACAUCGCAACCUUCUUUUUAAUCUAAGUCCAAUUCAACCGUACCUUAGAUCUAAUGAUAGUUUAAUGCAAGCUGGUUCCAAAGUAAAACCUUUUGAAGACAAUUUUGGCAAUCGUUUCUUUGCACGACUUGAGUCCAUUAACUUCCGUUUGCAAGCUCCAAUCGAUGGCGACAAAGGACCGCUUGGCCAAGUUGAACCGUAUUUUAUAACUUUGGCACUAUACGACUUGAAGCUGAAUAAGAAAAUUUCAGAAGAUUUUCAUUCUGACAUCAACCACCCGCUUAUAAAAGCAUCAAUACAGUCAAUGCAAUCUAAUUCCGACGAACCAGAUACAGUUUUUGACAUUCCAAGCGAUUGGCUUGCUUUUCCAAAGCAAGCUAUUUUUAGUGUAAGACAUUGUCACAACGAAGUGUUCCUAGUUGUCAGGAUAGAGACAAUCCUACAAGGAUCAGUCGUCUCCUCUGCCGAACCUUAUGUAAGACCAAAUCCAGAUCUGAAAACCGGAUUAAAAGUACAAAAGUCGGCUCGUUCCUACUGCAGUAGGUUAGGCAGAUAUAGGAUGCCAUUUGCUUGGGCUGCUCGGCCCUUAUUCCGUUCAUCGGGAGAACUUGAUACGAUAGGCGAUAUACCAACAAUAUAUCGUCAAGAACCCCACCGUAAUUCUGAUGAAGACUUACUGAAAACAUUGAAUGAUUUUAGGAGACCUGAAAAAUUGAGCCGUCUGACAGUAAUUCCGGGGAAAAUCCGAAUCACAGUUGAUCAUCUUAAAGAAAAUAUACCAAAUAUGUUAAAUACAUCGCUGGUGCCCAUCAAGCCAUUUCCACUGCCUCCUGUUCAGGAGCCUACAAUCGAAAUAGCAGAAUUUCCAUCUCUUCGUGUGGAAGACGCUUACCCUUAUAUGAACUACGUAAAUCACUUGUACGUUUACCCUCGGAAUCUCAAGUAUGAUACACAAAAAACCUUUCAUCGUGCUCGUAAUAUUGCCUGCGUGGUUGAAUUACGAGAUUCCGAUGCUAAAGAUGCACAACCAUUAAAGAACAUAUAUGGUCAAGUGGGACAGUUGCAGAUGGUCUCUCAAUGGGUUUGUUCGGUCUCUCACCACAUCACUUCGCCUUGCUGGAUGGAUGAAAUCAAAAUUAACCUGCCAACUCCGCUGAAUAACAAACAUCAUCUGCUUUUUACAUUUCUUCACGUUUCCUGCGAUUUGAGCAAGCAAAGGAAAGAUCGUGAAAAUAAAGAACUUCUAGGUCCAGAGGUAGUGGUGGGCUAUAGUUGGUUACCACUCAUGCAUAAAGGACGAUUGCGAGUAGAACAACAAUGCCUUUCUGUGGCAGCUCACCUCCCACCUGGUUAUUUGUCGUUCGAGCCCCUGGGACUAGGCAGAGGAUAUGCGGGACCCGAUAUUAGAUGGGUUGACGGCCAAAAACCGAUCUUUCAGGUUCAUCUAGAACUCGUGUCGACUGUCACUGCCCGUGAUCAACACCUGCACAAUUUCUUUCUUCACAUGGCGAAAUUGAAUGACACACGUUCAAUUGCAUCCCUUUUUCCUACAGCUGCAGAGCUAGAUGCCCAUAAGCCGCUUGAGGAGGCGCCCAAAAGUCCGGCAGUUCAGGAUGGAUCCCGCGAGUUGUCAAAACUGGUGAAGGCUUCGGACUUCGUGUCCAAGAUCGUCAAGGCCCUACAUGCUGUUGAUGUAACAGAAGUAGUCCAUCACCUCCCUGUGGUUUUAAACCAAUUGAUGUGGCUGAUGGUCCGUAUCAACAGCGAAGAGUUGUCGGUUAACGUUAUAAAAGUACUCAUCCAUAUCGUAAAUCAACUUCACGAAGUCAACAAAGCGAGUAUUUUGGAUUCCUACUUAGAGUACGUAUUUGUAACUCCGACUCAAAGCGAUUCAGCAAACAAGGCCACGGUACAUGAAGAAAUGGUUAAAACGUUAUGCGUCCUUUUGCGACCUUCUAACACUGAUUUCUUAGUCAUGCACAAAUUCCUUCGUCAUGCAAAUUUCUUUCUGAAACUUAUUACCCGCAGCAUGGCGCAGCAUAUUCUAGAUAGUGGAAGGAUAAAAAUGCAGAGACAAGAGCGAUUCCAUAUGGAUUACAUGCGCAAUGUGGAGAGUCUCAUCGAAACCAUUUCACCGCACAUUCAAGUUAAAUAUAAAGAUUUGCCGGACGAAACGCGUCAUGCCAACUUAGCGAUAGCUGAGUUCAUUAAGAAAUGCAUGUCUUUGAUGGAUCGAGGUUUCGCCUUCCGACUAGUCAGCAUAUAUCUUAACACCUUCCGGCCAGAUGACCCACGAGCUUUAUAUGAGCUCAAGUUUCAAUUUUUGCAAUCGGUGUGCUUCCAUGAACACUACAUCCCAUUGAAUUUUCCCCGUGCAUCCAAUUGGGCAGCAAUGCAAAAGAAUAUGAAGGAAUUGGACGUUGAGUUCCGACUUUGUGACUCCUUCUGUCGAAGCCAUUACUUAGCUGGACUGAUUUUGCAAGAGGUCAGCUCUGCUCUGAACGAAGUGGCAGACAUUCGCAGAAUCGCGUUAAAAUGUCUGAAGGAUUUAUUAGCGAAACACGAGCUGGAUGAUCGCUACCAGAAUAAAGGUCGUCAGAGUCGAAUAGCAUCGCUUUAUCUACCUUGGAUUUUCAUAGUACUCGACAACUGGAACAGGUUAAAAGUUUUGUCUUUGGAAUCCACUGCUUUACCCAGUUCGGCGGCCUCAACAAUCGGAUUUUCUAGUGUAGCGAGUCCUUCCGUGAAAACAGGAAAGUCACUUUCGCUACCAAGGAAUAUCAGACCCCCUGUUCAGACACCAAUGAGUUCGUGGAAACGACAUACGAGGACGGGAACUCCCCUGUCUCAGACGUCGUCACCUGUCCGUUCUGAAUUCAAUUCUAAUCGCAAUUCUUCAUAUUUAGCCAUCAUUGCUGGCCAAGGAGUACCAUGUUCCAGUAGUCGAGCAACACUGACUAAUGGUGGCUCAGUAGGUAGCCUCGGUGAAUCUGACAGUUCUUCGACAAUGUCGAUCGAAACUUCCGUUCGAGAGUCACCGGAGAACGAAAAAAAUAUUACGCUAACAAUCCCGCGUGAACCCACCGAUCCAGAUAAAGCUGAUAAAGACAAAAUUAAGACACAUUCAAGAAGUACGAGUGUUGUAAUAUCCAAUGCACCAGUUAUCCGUUACGACAAGCUACAACCGGAUGAAGUAAAGGAAGUGUUACUGUGCCUAAUGUAUGUCCUCAAACACGCCGAUGAAGAAGCCUUAAUUUCCUGGUGGCAUAAUGCCUCGCAACAUGACCUUAUUUGCUUUUUCCACAUUCUGGAACUGAGUUUGCGGCAGUUUAAAUAUUUGGGAAGAAAACGGUUCGGACUAAUUGGCGAUGGAAGUUCCUCUAAAUCCUCAACACUUCCACCUCGGGUUCCUCCACCAGUAUUUGGUUCCAGACCAUCCACGUGCUACGAACCAGACAGUGCAUCAUGCUCAGAUGGCGAUAGUACAUACCGGUCUUUAUUGGAAUCCAAUCUAACAAUCGAGGUUGGCCUUAUAGUCCUUGAUGCAGUAGGCCUUUUUUGCCUACACUUCAAGGAGGCACUGCUGAGUGAGGAUGGAGAUAAUCCCCUAAUGAGAAAAGUUUUAGACAUCUAUCUGUCGUUCCUCCAGAUCGGCCAAUCAGAGAGUCUUGCGAAGCAUGUUUUCGCAGCACUACGAGCGUUCAUCAACAGCUUUCCUCUUGCACUUUAUCAAGGUAACGCUUGGCUUUGCGGUCGCCUGUGCUGUGAGCUAUUACGAUGCUGCGCUAGUAAACUGUUGAUGGUGCGACAAGAGGCCUGUGCUGUCCUUUAUUUGCUAAUGCGUAGCAACUUCGAAUUCAGUGGACAAAAAGCCUUGACACGGGUUCACCUGCAGGUGAUCAUUUCCGUUUCUCAGUUGCUUGGAGAAAUUGGUGGCCUAAAUAGCAGUCGCUUUGGAGAGAGUCUCAAUGUUAUUAACGGAUUUGCCAAUAAUGACAAAGCAAUGCAAUCUACUGUGUUUCCCGGUGAAGUUCGUGAUUUGACUAAGAGAGCACAGACGGUGCUCAGGGCCACCCUGCAGAUGCGCCAACAGGCUCAAGAUCCUGAAUUACUUAUCGACUUGCAGCAUAGUCUGGCCAAUUCAUAUUCUGCUACACCUGAACUGCGAAAGACUUGGUUAGAAACGAUGGCUCAUCACCAUACUCGCUUGGGAAACUGGUCCGAAGUAGCCCAGUGCCGAAUUCAUGUGGCAGCUCUUAUAACCGAAUAUCUUUAUCGCCGAGAACUCCGACAAGUGGGUUGCCAAACAUUCAGCUCCUUGUCGCCUAAUAUUGUACAAGAUGAAAGCAAUCUUCGCCUAGAUACUGGUAUCCACGAUACCCAGUACGACGAAGCUAUGUUGCUUGAACAAUUGGAAGAAUGUAGUCGUGCCGUGGAGAAAGCCGAGCGCUACGAAAUGCAACUCGAAAUCUAUAGACUAAUACUACCAACUUACGAAAAACAACGAGACUAUGUGGCAUUGUCGGAGUGUUUCAGUGUUCUUUCACAAGCGUGUUCUCGAGCCACGGAAGUCAAUCGAACCGGGAAAAGGCUGCUUGGUACCUACUACCGAGUUGCGCUCUAUGGAAAGGCCCGAUUCGGAGAUGAAGCUUGUACAGAAAACAUCUACAAGGAACCGAAAGUUACCAGUUUGUCCGAAAUUGCGGAGCGUCUAAAUAAGAUGUACUGUGCGAAAUUUGGCGCGGAGCGAGUGAAAUUAGCUAUGGACUCAAAUCCAAUUGAAGAGAAGGAUAUGGAUCCGCAGAUGGCGUAUGUGCAAAUUACACAUGUUCUGCCUUAUUUCGAGGAAAAUGACUUGGCAGAUCGUGUCACUGAAUAUGAACGCAACCAUAACAUAAAUCGCUUUAUGUAUGAAAUACCUUUUACUACCGACGGGCGAGUAAGAGGAAGCCCCGAAGACCAGUGUAAGAAACGGAUUAUAUUGACCACCCAGUACUGCUUCCCUUACAUAAAGAAGCGACUACGAGUUAUCCAACGUGAGUCCUACGAUCUUUCACCGAUUGAAGUAGCUUUGGACGAAAUGCGUGCACGCGUUAAAGACGUUGCGGAAGCGGUGCGUACAGUGCCCACUGAUCUGAAGAAGCUGCAGUUACGCCUACAGGGAAGUAUCAGUGUACAGGUUAAUGCAGGCCCGCUGGCCUACGCAUCAGCUUUUCUUGUUCGCAACAUCAAUAACUAUCCGGAAGAACAAGUCCAGCAAUUACAAGAGCUUUAUAGGGACUUUGUGCACAUAUGCGGGGCUGCUUUAGAGCUGAAUGGGAAGUUAAUCUUACCAGAUCAGCGGGAAUAUCAUGAAGCUCUACGGGCAAGCUUCCGAGAGUUGGUGAGUUCGUUAGGCGAUAUUCUUGAUGACCCAUCACUCUACAGAGACUGGGACGGACUAAGCAGUUCGAACCCAUUCAUCAAACGAAAUUCAGUGUUGGUUUUCUCUACUGGUGGUAACUCUACGGAUGCUUGAAUACUUCUACGGAGCAGUCUCUCUUGCUGCUUUCUCCUGAAGCAAUUACGGUUGCUUUCGUCACCAGGCUAUUUUUCUGGAGAACGUUACAUUAGUAAGUAAAUUCUUCUUCCUGUUUCACUCUGUAAUUGUUUUUUGGAGACAUAUGGCCACAUUGGAAUCUCACGUUUAGGACUGUGUUCAGUUCUAGUAGGUGAAAAUCCUGAUAUAGAUCUUUGAAUUCCGUCGCAAUACUCCUUUAGACAAUCGUUUUUCCGAAGGAGCAUCACACACAUCCUAAUUGAAUAGGUUAAUAUCUCCUCAACUAAUGUAUAAAUGUUUUCAUCUGAUCCCUAAACUUUUUCUCGACUUCACGGACACCGAGAUACAGUUGUAUCUGUAUAGUACCUUUGUGACGUUGUUGAUUUUCUAGAAUACAUCUGUUGACCCA